GACGGGGGGUAGGGGUUAAAGCGGCAGUGAGCGGCUGUGUUCUCACACUGCAGUGAUGGAGGUAACACGGCAAAGUUUUAAAGACACCCUGAGCGUUGUUUACAGCGCUGUGCAGGAGGCCGACUUCCUGGCCAUCGAUGGAGAAUUUUCAGGUCUGAGCGACGGGCCGGCGGUGAGCAUGCUGACCAACGGUAUGGACACUCCGGAGGAACGUUACAGCAAACUCAGGAAGCACUCGAUGGACUUCCUGCUCUUUCAAUUCGGCCUCUGUACCUUCAGAUACGACCAAUCACAGUCCAGGUACUUCACAAAAGCUUUUAACUUUUAUAUUUUCCCCAAACCGUUCAGCAGAGCAUCGCCCGAUAUCAAAUUCAUCUGUCAGAGCUCCAGUAUUGACUUCCUGGCCAGUCAGGGCUUCGACUUCAACAAGGUGUUCCGUAACGGGAUCCCGUACCUGAACCAGGGGGAGGAGUCUCAGUUGAGGGAGCAGUAUGAGGAGAGGCGGAACCAAAGCAAUGGGGUGGGAACUCCCUCCUACAUCUCACCCACUUCCUGUAAGGGACCGAUGAACAUUCCUGAAGAGCACAAGGACUUCAUCAACAGAGUCGUGGAGAAAGUGGAAGCGCUUCUGAACAACUCUGAGAAGACUGUGGAUUUGGAGCCGUGCUCUGGGUUUCAGAGGAAGCUCAUCUACCAGACCCUCAACUGGAAGUUUCCCAAAGGACUUCAUAUUGAAACUGUGGAGAAUGACAAGAAGGAACGUUUCAUCCAGAUCAGUAAGGUGGAUGAAGAAGAGAGGAAGAGGAUUGAACAGCAGAAACAUGAACGGGAGCAGGAGGAACUGAACGAUGCGGUUGGCUUCUCCAGAGUCAUACACACCAUUUCUAAAUCGGGUAAAUUGGUGGUUGGUCACAACAUGCUGCUGGACGUCAUGCACACCAUCCACCAGUUCUACUGCCCCCUGCCUGAGGAGCUGGACGACUUCAAAGAGGUGACCAUGUGUGUGUUUCCCCGACUUUUAGAUACAAAGCUGAUGGCAUCAACACAGCCUUUCAAGGAGCUGAUUACGAACACAUCUCUGGCAGAGCUGGAGAAGCAGCUAAAGGAGAAGCCUUUCAAAGCUCCCAGAGUCGCAUGUUCUGAGGGAUUUCAGAGUUAUGACACUGCAUCUGAGCAACUGCAUGAAGCUGGCUAUGAUGCUUACAUCACGGGACUCUGCUUCAUCUCCAUGGCCAACUACCUAGGUUCAUUCCUAACACCUCCAAGAGCUCACAUCUCCGCUCGCUCCAAACUCAUCGAGCCCUUCUACAACAAGUUGUUCCUUAUGAGGGUGGCCGAUAUUCCUUACCUGAACAUUAGUGGACCAGACUUGCAGCCGAAGCGGGACAACGUUCUGUACGUCACCUUCCCUAAAGAGUGGAAAACCAGUGACUUGUACCAGCUGUUCAGCGCCUUCGGAAACAUCCAGGUGUCUUGGGUGGACGAUACAUCGGCGUUCGUGUCUCUCAGCCAGCUGGAGCAGGUGCAGAUCGCGGUGAACACGAGUCAGUACGCAGAGAGUUACCGCAUCCAGACGUACGCAGAGUACAUGCAGUCCAAACAGAAGAACACUCACACGCACAGGAAGUGGGGGGAGGAUGGGUGGGCAGAGCCUCCCUACCGUGCUGUUGCCAUGACUGCAGCUUCUGCAGUACAUGACAGGAGUUCUCUGAGAGGGAAGAGGAGCAACAGCCCCACUCAGGACCAUCAGAGCUCCGACUUCAGCGCCGCCGCCGAUAGCAACUGGAGUAACUACGGCAACAUAAAGAGGAUAAAAAAAGAUGGUGCUAGGAGUGCUGACUCAUCAUUCACCGACGCCGCAGACGCCAAGACGACGAACGACUGGCUCAGGACCACGCCUGAAGGGGGCGGGGCAUCUUCAACCCCAGAAAAGGAAGAAGCUGAGUCAGAAGAUGCGUGGCCUCAGUCUUCAGCCAAUCAGAAUCAGGGGUCAUCCAGUCUGUUUGACGUCCCUCAAGUUUGGUAGCGAUAACCAAUCGGAGGUCUUCACUUGAAACAGUGGCUGAUUGACCAGCCAAUAAGGGGCCUCCACUCCUGAGAACACAGCUACCCAACAGCCAGUCAGAAGAGGCUUUCACUUACACCGUCUCUUUGGAUUGGCUGUUAGGAGGGACCGCUUGCUCAACAACCAAUAAGCAGAGAGUUUCCAAGACCACUCUCGUACAAGAGCCAAUCAGAAGCCUCCAUCUUAGAAUGCAGCUACUCAACAGCCAAUCAGAUAAGACUGCGUGAUCCAGCAGCCACUCAACACACGACCUGAAGCCAUAAACGUUCUUGUGGUAUCUCACACACACAAACGUGCGCGCACACAUCUGCACUGCAAUAGUGCUGUGUUCGUGUGUGUGUGUGUGUGUGUGUGUGUGUGUGUGUGUGUCUGAUUCUGGAACCGGUGUAGGUUAAAAAUGUGGUGAUCAGAUAUUUUUAAACACUGUAUGUAUGAUUUGUCUCAUAUUUUUUAAGUGUGUUUCUCCUAUAGACUGAUUAACCCCGCCCCCUAUCCCUAUUUCCCCAUGGUCCUUUAUUUUAGCGAACACGCCCCAUUGAGCAGCUCUAUUUAUUCCCCGUGUGUGUGUGUUUUGUCUUCGUUUUUCACAACAGCCGCAGGAAUGUGGGGGGGGCGGAGUCCAAAAUCAUGUUUCUCAGAAUAAGGUCAUGUAAUUUUUUCUUUUGUAUGAUGACGUCCUCUUACUGAGAGGAGAAAAGAAUUAAAGAAUGUUUCUUAGUUA